UAUGUAAUUGUAAUGUGUUGAGACUUCGCUUUUAAUACACUUCUCAUAUGCUCCAUAUAGUCUCAAGCACAAUGGAUUUCUCUUUCUUGGUUAUUUUUUUUUUUUAUAAUUCUUGGACAAAGUGCGUUCACACGUACGUUGCACCGGACUGGCAGAGUUCGUCGAGUUCGUUGCACGUGUGUCCGCGCAUAUACAUCGAAACAAGAACAAAGAGACGAGCACGGUGCGUGCAUACAUCAGGGAAUUCCCCGUACCGAAAUAAGUGAGAAACGCAUUUGUUGCUCUCGCGACGAUAGCCUCUCAGCGUCACAAUAAUUUUUUUCUAUUUUUCGCUGUUCCACACAUCUGGCCGCGAAUCUAACGCGCAAUAAACCACGUGCAGGCUUGGCUCGUUAUCGUACAGCCUAUUAUUUAAGUAACUAUAAAAAUGAUACUUUAUUCGCUUAAGAUACACGCUUCGAAUAAUCUUUUAUUUAUCGCCGAGUUGAAAUAACCAACUCGAAACACCUGUGUGCUUUGAAAUAAUUACCGAAGUCAGAUAAUCUUUUAUUACACUCGAAAUUAUUUUUGUUCAUCUAACGUCCAUUUAACAAAGGAGUAGGCAUAAAAUUUCUCGAUGUAUUUCCUAAUACCGUUACGGUACAGUACCCGAAAGUAAGGAAAGUAUAUAUAGCCGUGUGUUACAUAAACAAUACACAAAAAGUUCAAAUGUUACGAUAAAACCGUAAUUAUACAUAUAUCGAAUGAUUUUUAUCCAUCGCAGUGUUUAAACAUUCAAAUAACCUCAUCGGUCGCGCCAUUAGCAAACUUAAACGACAGUGUGUUGUAAGUUGGAGUUCUUUAGACGUAUUCUCUAAAUUUAAUCGCUGGUGGAACGAUGAACAGAAGUUUGCAUUAACAUAUGUCCCGUUAAACGAUUAAGAUUAGCUAUUCGUUUGGCAAAUUAUGCAAAGUUAACGAUCAGUAUACCUAGAAAAGGGGAUCUAGUUCUUGGUGGCGCGUUAGCCGAUUCCGUGGAAGUCGAGAUACAAACAGUAUUUCGGUACGUAAGGGACACGUUGAUUGGCCGCGAGCUAUCGCGCGAAUCAGCAAUCAAGAUGGCGAUGACGUCACGUAGUGGUCGCUCGACGCUGAUUGGUGGGGGGUCGAGCGGCUGUCUUUCUAUAUAGUUUCCCAGUUACAUUGGCGGGCUCAGUUGGGAUACGUAAGCACACGCGACACUUGAACAGUCACGUUGUUACUUCGUUGUUGCAUGGUUGAACUUGUACGUGACAGUGACGGGGAAAAAGCAGACUCUAUCAAUUUAUACGUGUCUAUGCCGUUUGAUCGAACGUGGUUGUAGUAUACUCGGUAAGAAACGUGACAUCGGUGAACGAGAAAAGGGUAUCGUGCCGUUUCGUUUCGUCGCGAGUGUUCUUGGCUCGCGUUCAAAGUAAACUGUCGAGUUAAAACUCUUCCGCGAAGGAGCAACUAGAUAUUUCUUCUUUCCUUUUAUUUGUCUUGUGGUGAAGUUUUGAAAGCAAAACCGCUCACAGAUGACGCAACGUGUGCCUAGCGCAGGCUUUUACGACACUAUCGUCGAAGAUCACAAUUACACGAUGUUUUCGAUGUAUCCACCGACAUCAAACUUUUCUGACCCCUGGCAGCUGACGAAAGAGGAAAAGGCUAUGCUCGUAUCUCUGGACGGACUGCAUAGCGGAGUACCGACCAGAACGACGCCGACGUUGACGCCGACGACGCUCCGUAGCAUCGAACAGACGUUCCUCGAGCUAACUAGCGAGUCCGCGUCACACAGUCGCGAAGCAGGCUUCGUACCACCGUUGGUUGAACCGUCGCAACCGACGCCGGCACAGACGCAAAACACGGCGGCGCAUCACAUCGUUACCACCGCAGCCGCCACCGCCGUCCCCGUGGCUACCAAUACCACCCUGGUGGAGAGCCAACAGACGCAACAAACUCAACCCACCAGGCGCAAUAUGGGUGGUAGAAGGCCAACGAGAACGAUCGGGAUGACACCCGAGGAGGAGGAACGACGACAGAUCCGUAGGGAGAGGAAUAAAAUGGCAGCAGCCAGAUGCCGCAAGCGAAGGAUGGAUCACACCAACGCCCUGUUAGAAGAGACUGAGGGUUUGGAACAAAAGAAACAAAGCUUGCAAGAGGAGAUCCAUCAGCUGCAACAAGCCAAAGACGAGCUCGAGUUCAUUCUGGAGGCUCACAGAGCUGUCUGUCGACUUCGUUCCACGUCUCCGCCGGAUGUGAAGCCUGUGAUAAAGCCAGAACUUCCGGUCGAGGAUCAAUUCGCCAGCGUGGACAACGCGAAACGCGAUUCGUUGAACGCCGCCGCGAGACCCAACAGACCAAACUCGUUGCCGGUUGGUUUUGACAAUAACAAUCGACCAAACUCUUUGUCGAUCUUCACCGAAUCGAAGGAGAGACCAGACUCGCUUACGUUCAAGACAGUCGAGACGCCAUCUUUCAUGAAACCGUCGCUAGACGUCGCUGGAAUGCCGAUCACCACCCCUACCAGUGGCAUACCGUUUAACUUUGAGUCUCUGAUGGAGGGUGGUACCGGGCUCACACCAGUUUCCACGCCUUUGAUACCAUCCUGCUCGACGCAACAGAGAAACAACCUGUCAGCGGUUGACCUCAGCUCCCCGGAUGCGAAUCCACCGAAGCUGGUGAGCUUGUGACGCCAAGAUGACCUCGAGUACGGAUCAAACGAGGACGAUCCCGAAUGAAAGAGGUGUUGUCGCGUCUUGGACCGUUUCGCGGAAUUUUGUACAGAGAACCAGAAGAGAAGCAAGAAAUUGAAAACGUUAGAGCUAAGGAUCGUCUUUAGCGCUCAAAACUCUCUGAUAGAUAAAGAAAGAAUCAUCCGUACAUCGGCGGCCAUCUGCUGAAUCGGGUCUUCAUUCGCGCUGCACUGCGUUAUACAUGUACACUCUCGUGCAACGGAGCCUUCUCUUAGGCCCUAAGAAAAGACUACGUUGCUCGCGAUUGUACUUGUCGCACAAUUUCAAGGAGAGACACAUAGUACAGCGGCUCGGUGACGAUUGUACAUAUAUAAAUACAUGUAUGUACUAAAAAUUUAACGAAUGCUUUUUCUUGCAUUCUCAAGAAGAGCCGUAUUUUCUUGUUGGCAUUUCGAGUCGCAUCGAUGCCGCUUUUCAUUACGAGUAACGAGAUUUCUACGAGCAACUCGCGUGGUUUGCAAGUUUCCCGUAAUAUGUAAUCCCUCCAUACAUAUAAUAUAUAUACAUACAUAUAUUUUACUAUGUAUGACAUUUUUUGCAUGAUCUUUAAGCAAUAUUAAUAUAUUUAUACGCGGCUGCUGCUUGCGAGGCUGGCCGAUAUUUUCGAUAAGACUUUCUUCUUUCUUUUCUUUUUUUUUUUUAAUAUAAUAUAUAUAAAUAUAGCGUUAGCGAGAGAGAGGAGGUAGAUCGUUUUACGACCUGCUCGAUUUCAGCCCCGUGAUCGGCGGUCGCGAUCCAACGAUCGUUAUGAUUAAGAAAAAAUUAUAACGCACCAUCAAUAAAUGCUGCAAUAUAUUUUCAUUGGAUCGAACGAAUAAAAGAGGAAUUAAAAUAUUAUGUAAUUAUCGACGAAUAAUAACGAUGUGUUUCAAUUGUGUAUCAUAAUUGUGAACUUCAUCUAGCUGUAAGUUGAGAUACAUUGCGUGAUAUGGUUGUUCACGAGUUCCUCGGCCUCGUGGACGCCAUGGAUCUUUGGAACGGAAACGUUCCUGUGAUAGAACGUGCAAAUAAACUCGUACAGCGUUAAUGGUCGAAUUUUAUAUCUUUGUACAGUCGAAUUGAUGAUUUCUCAAUACAAAAAA